AUGGCGGCCCCAAGCAGAGGCAGCAGAGCUGCUGCUUCGAUACUACGGAGGCAGGCAAACGUAUGCGCCAGCUGCAGGACGACGCAGUUUCUUCGCCCGUACUCGGCCACCGCCGAGGCCGCACAGCAAGCCGAAGCACACCGCCUCAAGCCGCACGAGAAGGUCCCUCACCCACCCGCCACAGCCUCGCGGAAGGCCGAAUACCGCAUCAAGGCCGGCGUCAUAGUCACGCGGGCCCCGAUGCUCACGCGUAACCUGACCCCCUUCGAGAAUGCCUUCUUCUUCUACCAGAAGCGCCUGAACGAGCGACUGACCCCCGAGUUCCGCCACACGCUCUUCUUCAAGGAGAACACCGUCCCCGACUUGGACUGGCGCAUCAAGUUCAACGAGCGCGGCCGUGUCCCCGCCAAGGAGCUUGGCCGCUACUUUGCCAAGGGCCGCAAUGCCUGGAACGACGAGCUGCUGGUCGGCAGUACCCUCAGCGACGAGAACAGGAUCAGAGAGAUCUUGCUGAAAGACGCCGAGAGCCGUGUUACGGAGGAUGGUGAGGAGGCCAAGCCCGAUGAGAUUGUGAAGCCGGAGAGACCCAUGGAUCGCAUUACGGAGGCCGACAAGGCCAAUGAUGUGCGGAGGCUGGACAGGAAGAUGGACAGAACUCUCUACCUCGUUGUUCAGUCUGGCAACGGUACCUGGUCAUUUCCCAGCGAUUACGUGCCAACGGAUCAGAAUCUGCACCAGGCCGCCCAGAGAGUCCUAGACCAAGCAGCGGGUGUCAACAUGAACACCUGGAUGGUUGGCCGCGUUCCCGUCGCCCACUACGUUGCUGAACCACAAUUCAACGAGGAUACGACUAUCAAGGCGAGAGGCGAGAAGGUCUUCUUCAACAAGGUCAGGAUUAUGGCUGGCCAGGCCAACCUGACCGGGAACACCCUGGGUUACAAGGAUUUCAACUGGCUGACGAAGGAGGAGCUCAAGGAGAAGCUCCCGGGCCCCUAUUUCCGUGCUGUCAGGAACAUGAUGGCCACUCGGUAA